AUGACAUCCAAAAGGAAAGAUCAGCAGAUUCCCAAUGUAAACGGGUCGCAUUGUAUGACUUGGCGUGAACUGGUUGAAGCAGAUGACUACGCGACAAGUUUGACAGUUGAUCCUUUUUUGGGUUUUAAGACCCACAAAAUGACAGAGUAUGUCAAUUUGUGUUGCUUGAUUUGUCUAUUCAGAAUGCGCUUGCGCUUAACUGAUCGCGUGAAGGACCGUUUGAAGAAGGUCAUAAUUGACUUUCAGCAGCAUAAGGAAUAUGAAAAAGCGUUUAGAGAGUUGACUACGGAGGAUGUGUACAUUAAACGUCAGUUUAGAAAUGACUCUCGUUUUCGUGAUCAUAUUUACCGCUAUCUUUUACUUUUUGACGACCGUUCUGGGGUUCAAAUCCGACCAUGUUGGCGGUACGCUUCGGAACAUCAUGUCGGCGCUGCAAUUUUCGCCACAAAAAAUUGGUCAAAAGGCUCACGAAUAGAUUCCCUUGUUGGAUGUAUCGCUGAAUUGAACUAUGACGACGAAGUUUCAUUUCUGCGUCACAAACAAAAUGACUUUUCUGUGAUGUAUUCCUCCAGGAAGAAUCGUUCACAGUUAUGGUUGGGUCCUGCAGCUUACUUUACAAUCAACUGUGAUGGUGACGCACGCAUGAGCUUGAACGCCUUGAUCGACAUAAAACGGGGCGACGAAAUCUUCAUCUACUAUGGAAAGCAUUUUUUCGACGCGAACAACUCGAGUUGCGAGUGUUUCACCUGUGAACUCCUUGGCAGGGGUUUCUUCUCACCGAGCAAGACAGCAGCGAUGGCGCCGACGCCGGUUGAGGAAGUUGGCCGUCCGAAUCCACCGACGCGAGGCGUCGAUGAAAACACCAGCCGCGCUCGAGCGAGAACUGCUACCACGGCACCGCAUGGUGGGGAUGUGCUGGUGGAAGUACUCAGGGAACGGCUUAUGCAGACACCCAUUCGUCGCACAUCCAACAGUCGAAUAUUCUCGGAGCUCCAAGCAGACAACAAUUUCGCAGCUGCCAGCAGUGAUUCCGCUGACGAGAAAGCGCAACCCACCCCAGCCGCAAUGAACGGUCUCCUUGUAAAGGGCUUGUCCACGGGUCUGGCCCAGAAGGCGGUGAACACAGCCAGCUACAGCCUGCGUCACACCGGUUCCCGUCUCAACCGUGUCAAGGAGAAGAUCUACUCCGAGAUGCUCUCUUGUUUGCAACCCCAGGGAGCUUCGGUGAGUCGAAGACCCUCGCGAAGAUCCACUCCCUCCACCGUCAAGUCCACCCCCACCACUCCAAGGCGCUACUCCCUUCGUGCGCGUUCAACGGCGAAUGUGGCGAUGAGGGAGAAGCGUCAGCUGAUGGGGAAGCGGUUGACGCUACGUGUGCGCGCAGCGCCGUCCACCUCGAUGCUCUCGCGCGAUCUUGACCAACUGCCUCAAGUCGUGGACCUCACAACCUCCCCGGAAUCUCCCACUGUUUCUAGGAAAAUAUCGCGACACCGUGAUCUCUCGAUGUGGAAUUGCGUGGCCCAAUGCCCCUCUCCAUCGACUUCGUCCACCUCAACAGUUGCUGCCACCCAAGCUGACAGCGAUGUGUUACCGAAAAGGCCUCAACGGCGGCGAUUAACCAACACCACCAGGCGAUUGAUCUCAAACCCAUCAUCUUCCAAUAACGCCGCAUCAGCUUCCACCUACUUCCUCCGUCAAGCUCCACACCGACCCUCCAAUGUACCCAUCGCCGUGGACAUACCGUCCACACCUCCUCCCUCUGCCUCCACCCAUUCGCCCUGUUCGUCCGUGAGCACAUGUCCUGCGGUCGGUACGACUCCACGCCUCGUUCUCGUCUGCAAGCGCUCCAGACCAGCUAGUUCAGUGGGCACCGAGGAGCGGGAGGAAGUGGACGAGUGGUUCGUCAAGGAGGACCAUCCAACGCCUCCGCCACUGCACUCCUCGAACUCCUUCCUCACCAACUUCUACGAUGAAGGCGGCGGCGGCGGCAGCAGCAACAACAACGACGGCGGCAGUGGGUGUGUCGGUGAGAAGGUUGUGACACGACUGUCCCUGUCGCGGCACAAACGGUUCUGGGGCACUUCGGUUUCCUCCGUCUCCAACACACCCUCUCCGCCACAUCUCCAAGCGGCCUCUCCACCUCCGCCAAUCCUGCAACAGGCUCCCGACGACCGGUUUGUCUUCCCCAGAGUGAAUUCUUGUGUUCUGGGGAGACUGUGUUCCUCCACGGAGACUGCGCCACCCCUGGAGUCGGACGAGGUCUCGGAUGGCGAACGGUUGCUUGCUGCCGGGGUCGAGUUGAGACCCUUGACGGUCACGAUAAAACGGCUGGGGCAGAACCUUUACUGUGUCCCCACGACACCCACAGACUGCGACAGCUCUCUUACCGAGUGA